UAGGCUUUUGGCUGGGCUGAUAACAAGGAACCAGUUGAAGUGUCAGAUGGUGUCAAUUCUACCAAACACGCAGAACUCUGAACAGGAUAAAGUUCUCCAGCAAGCUGAGCAGAUUUGGUCAAUGCUUGAUGACAUGGUUGUAAGUGACCCAACAGCUUAUAAAAAGUUUAUUGAGAAUCAGAUGAAGGAUGCUCAUAAGUUUUUAGAAAAGAAUGGUACCAAACCAGAAUUUGGCUUAAAGGUUAAAUUAAAAGAUGACAACGACUAUUUGUUUCUGGAAAUAUAUUCAUCUCUUUUGGUUCCAGCACCAAACUUUGGAGAAAACAUUGCAGAGAUUCCUUCGUUUAUUCAAACUGAAGAGGAUUCAGAACACUCAAACAAACAUAAUAAGCCUCAUAUUUUAGUUGCCCUGAAUCCUCUUCUGACCAGCAAACUGGCACCAAAUGGAUCCCUUUUAAAGGAGCAGCAGAAUUUGGUAGAAUAUCUAUUAGAGAACAUCCAGGCACAAAUACCGUUCUCUUUGGUUACAAGUGAUUUUUCAUUCUUUGACAAAAAGGAAUGCAAAGGUGAUAUUAAAAGAUUUCUGCAGUUUUUGAAUGAACAAGUCUGUAAGAGAAAGCAAAACAAAGUUCCUGACGUAAAUGGAAAUGCCAUUAAUAAUAAGCUGGACAGUAUUAAGCUACCACAACAGAGCGAGAAGCUAGAAACUCUACCAUUACUUAAUCUGUCCAAGGAACGACCCCAGAAAGAAAGAAAACCAAAGUUAAUUGAAGAAUUACCAGUUAAGGAACCGAGGUACACUUUAGACAAUAGCAAUGCUGACAGUUUGUGUGUAGCUGUUGAACUUCCAGGUGUAAAAUCUGGGGAUGAAUGUGAAGUUGAUAUCAUACAGGAUGUGCUGAUGGUUACAGUUAUGGGAAAAUAUGACCUUUUUUUACCACUUGAUGCUCAUGUUGAUGACUCCAGAGCAGAUGCUCAGUUUCAUAAAGACAAAGCUGUCUUAUCUGUCAGACUACCAUAUUUGGAAACUCUUUGAAAAAAAAAUUCUGCCCAAGUUAAAA